ACAUGAAAUUCGAUAUUAAUCUUAAAUCUUCAAAACAUCACAAUGAAGAAGCAAUACAAAGAUAUCUAGUAGAAUAAAUACGGAAAGUUGGCUACUUGAAAUGAUGCUGAAUAAUUCGACAGCGAUCACAGAUGGGUCAAUCGAGGACUGUUUCGAGACGUAUAUUGUUGUGAAACCAUCGCGAUCUUAUGUGAUCAACAGUAUCAUUGGCUGUAUAGUAAACGGUGUUUUUGCAUUGUCAGGGGUGCUACUGAAUUCGUUGGUAAUAUAUGUCUUUUGGAAGACGCCGAAACUUCGACUCAAGGUCUCCUACUUCAUGCUAAUGGUUCUAUCAUCCAUGGACUUCUGCGCCUCGGCAAUUGUGCAUCCUUUGCAUGUGCUCAAUUCCAUUGCUGAAAUUGCUGGUUCAGCGAAAUGUUCCUACAAGAUGGUAUAUCAAACUUCGGCCGUUAUGUUGUCAGGUGUAUCUUUCCUUACUUUCUUUGUCAUGAAUGUCGAAAGAUUUAUAUCCAUCGUGCAUCCGUUUUUUCAUCUUUCUUACGUCACAAAACCUCGUUGCUUCCUUGCAUCAUCUUUAACUUGGGUCAUCUGUACCGUGACGGGAAUAGCUCCCUUCUUCAGUUUGGAUAUUCAAAAUUUUGUCACCGCUCUUUCUCUGACUGUCGUGAGUGGUACGUUUUACAUAUAUGUACGCAUAUUUAUGGUGGCUAGAAAGAGAAAUCCUAGGGAUAGAGAAUCAAGUGUGCGAAGUGACGAGCUUGACAAUGAUCUCGAUCAUGAUGGGCGAAUAGGAAUUCAGUCCAGAAAAGCCGUUUCAUUCUUGCACGAUUUGCAACUCGCUAAAAUGUACAUGAUUGUCGUGCUAGCAAGUCUUGUUCUUAACUUACCCAACGCUAUUGUGUUAGGAAUGUUUCCAGAGCGAAUUGAAACCUUGAACAAUGUGGUUCAAGUUAAGAUAUGGACGAUUACAUUGGUUGCUAUAAACUCGACCAUGAACUGUUUAAUUUUCUUCUGGGCAAAUAAUCGACUCAGAAGAGAAGGUUGGCGGUUAUACAAACGAUUAAUAAGAGGAUGACUUGUGUUUCAUAUUUUAUUUAACAAUUAUUUAAGAUCGCAAUUAUAGUCUUGACAUGGGUGUAAA